CAUUUUCUUUUCUUCCUUUCAACCAGGCCGGGCACGGACUGCAGCUUUCCGUACAAUGACGUAAUAAGUAAGAUGGUGCCGCCCAGACCAGGCAGAGAGGAAUACGCAGGCGUGAGCGUGGAGUGCUUUGCUGGGGUCCAGGCGGAGAGACUCUCUCGCUUUAUCGGAGAAUCUUUGACUGUGGGAUUCACACGUGCAUCGACAGAGGGUUGCUCCACCGGGCGGACAGAGAAACUGGGCGCUACAGCAAAUGAAGGAAGACUUUGAUAGAAGUUUUGAUGAAAUGGUGCAUUGUGGAGCAAGGGCCUGGUGGAGUUUUACUUCGUGGUGGGUGGAGUCUUAGGCAGAAUGGAGGCCCCACCUGUUACUAUGAUGCCAGUUACUGGCGGUACCAUUAACAUGAUGGAACAUUUGCUUCAAGGUAGCGUUUUGGAUCAAAGCCUGGAAAGUCUUCUUCAUCGACUCCGUGGCCUUUGUGACAACAUGGAACCCGAGACUUUUGUAGAUCACGAGAUGGUCUUCCUUCUCAAAGGCCAACAGGCCAGCCCAUUUGUCCUCCGCACGCGACGCUCCAUGGACAAACCUGGUGCUCCUUGGCACUUGCGGUAUCUCGGACAGCCGGAAAUGGGAGACAAAAACCGCCAUGCCUUGGUACGGAAUUGUGUGGAUAUUGCCACCUCAGACAACCUGACAGACUUCCUGGUAGAAAUGGGCUUCCGCAUGGACCAUGAGUUUGUAGCCAAGGGGCACGUGUUCCGCAAAGGCAUUAUGAAGAUUGUGGUCUACAAGAUCUUCCGCAUCCUUCUCCCAGGAAACACCGAUAACAUCGAGCCUUUAUCUCUUUCCUACCUUGUGGAGCUCAACAUCGUGGCCCCAGCGGGACAAGAUAUGGUUUCCGAUGACAUGAGGAGUUUUGCUGAGCAGCUAAAGCCCUUAGUCCAUUUAGAGAAAAUAGAUCCUAAAAGAUUGAUGUGAGAUGGAUUGUAACGGCAGAGGUAUUCCUUUUAGAAAGAUAGAAAGAUUUCAGAAAUUCAUAUAUCCUAAAGAAAAAUACAUUAAGAGAGUCUGGUUGCCUGACGCUAAUCUGACUGUAGGUUACUUUUUCAAACGAUAAACAAUAAAGAAGAUAAUUUUGC